AACUCCGUUAGUUGCAAAAGUAGACGAGAGAAAAAAAAAGUUGGUCUGAAAGUGCGCGUGAAGUGGCGCAAACUGGUGCGCGUAAAAAGAAGAAGGGGAUGCCAGCCAGGCCAGGCGUGGCUUGUCUCUGAAUGUCCAAUGUGAGGGCGCGUGGGGAGGAUGUAUAUAUUAGAGUCCUGUCGUUUGAUAAACACACAUAUCAAACUCAUGAUUACAGCAGAGGACUAUCUAUAACCUGACAAAGAGGUUUUUUUUUCUUUUUUUUCCCUUUUUGGAGGAGUACCUACUGCUGCGCGCUCUGGAUAUUGUUUUAUUUUAUUUUUUAUACUUUUUUUUUUUUAGCCUGAAUGGAUCAGACUUCUUCUUGUGUAAACUUUCUAACUCACUCCAUAUCCACCUGAAAAUGCCUUCGCUGAAUUUGACAGCUGUGCACACCAUGGCGGAGGUGGGCACGUUCCUGGGGACGCACGACUUGGAUUUCCAGAGCUUUCCUUCGCUGGGGAACAGCAUGCCUCUGCCGGAGCCCCCCGUGGGGCUGAGCGAGCGGCUGGGCCAGAAUGAAGGCAGGCUGCAGCAGGGGUCCCCCACAGACUUCGGCCACCUUAAAGGGAUCCUCAGGCGGCGGCAGCUCUACUGCAGGGCCGGCUUCCACCUGGAGAUCCUGCCCAACGGCACCGUGCACGGCACGAGACAGGACCACAGCAGGUUUGGUAUCCUGGAGUUCAUCAGCCUGGCAGUGGGUCUUGUCAGCAUCAGGGGGGUGGACGCUGGACUCUACCUGGGCAUGAACGAGAAAGGAGAGCUCUACGGGUCG